AUGGGCUCUAAGUACCAGCCAUCCCUUCGGGGCUGCCUGCCCCUGUGGGCCUUAACGCUGGAGGCAGCUCUCAUUCUCAUCUUCUUCUUUUUCGCCACUUAUGACACAUCCUCAAAGGAUCAGAAGCAUCUCAUGGAGGCCUAUCGAGCCUUCCAGGAUGUCACCGUCAUGGCGGCCCUUGGCAUGGGCUUCCUCACCUCAUCUUUGUGGAGACACGUCUGGAGCAGCGUGGGCUUCAGCCUCUUCAUGCUGGUGCUUGGGGUGCAGUGGGCGGUCCUGCUGGAUGGCUUUCUGGAAAAUUUCUCCCCUGAGAAGAUCAUCAUCACACUUGCCAGAUUUCAGCAGGCCACCAUGAGCGCUACGUCGGUGCUGAUUUCAGCGGGUGCCGUCUUGGGAAAAGCCAACUUGGUGCAGCUGUUGGUGAUGGCGCUGCUGGAGGUGACAGCCUUUGGCACCAUGAGGACGAUCAGCAAGCGUUUCCUCAGUAUGGAUGACCAUUCAAACAUGAUGCACAUCUACACGUUUGCAGCCUACUUUGGGUUGACUGUGGCCUAUUGCCUCUCAAGGCCUCUGCCCAAGGGAGCAGAAGAGAAAAAUCGGACGGCAACGAGCCCCAGUUUGUUUGCUAUGCUGGGUACCCUCUUCUUGUGGACCUUCUGGCCGAGUUUCAACUCCGCGCUGCUGAACGAUCAAAAUGAAAUGAAGAAUGCUAUCUUCAACACCUACUAUGCCCUAGCGGUCAGCACAGUGACAGCUAUUUCAGUGUCUGCCUGGACUCACCCCCGAGGAAAGAUCAACAUGACUCAUGUCCACAAUGCGGUGCUGGCAGGAGGCGUGGCUGUGGGUGCUUCAUGUCACCUGAUCCCUUCUCCUUGGCUGGCUAUGGUGCUGGGCCUUGUGGCUGGGCUGAUCUCCACUGGGGGAGCGAAAUGCCUGCCGAUGUGUUUUAACAGAGUGCUGGGGAUUCAUGAUACCUGUGGCGUGCACUACACCUUCGGCUUGCCAGGUCUGCUUGGAGGAAUAAUCUCCAUUGUGAUGUUGAAGCUUCAUAUCAACUGGACCAACAGUCCCAUAACUGGGAACCAGGUGCCCAUCACCUUCCAGGCCCUUGGCAUGGUCUGGUGUCUGGCGUCUAGUCUGGUGACUGGUCUCCUGACAGGUUUGCUCCUAAAUCUCAAAAUCUGGAAAGCACCUGAUAUGACUAAAUAUUUCGAUGACCAAGCUUUCUGGAAGUUUCCUCAUUUGGCUGUUGACCUUUAAGCAAAAGCAUCCGAGAAAAACCAACCCUGUUCGAAAACAAGACA